AUGGCUUCGAGGCAAUGGACGAGGGUUGAUGACAAGAAGGUUGAGGAAGCUCUGUUGCGAUUCCCGGACCAUACUCCGCAUCGGUUAGAGGUUAUCGCCGACUAUCUGCAGUUUCCGCUUAAGGAUGUGAUGUACUACUACGACGCGUUGGUCCACGAUAUAGACCUUAUCGAAUCGGGUCGGGUUUCUGUACCCGUUUACCCGGAUAACUCAGGUGGAAUCUCGUCACAGUCAAACGUCGAGAAAGAUAGAAAGAGAGGACUUCCUUGGUCAGAAGAGGAACACGGAAAUUUUCUAAAAGGAUUACAACAUUUCAAGAAAGGAGAUUGGAAGGAAAUAUCGAGGGUGUAUGUGAAGACAAGGACCGCAACGCAAGUCGCAAGCCAUGCACAGAAGUAUUUCUUGAGGCAAAACUUGGAGAGUAAGGCAAAGAAACGCUCAAGUAUCCAUGACAUAACUUCGGUGCCUGCUAAAGAUGAAACAGUCCCUGCUGGAUCCGACUUGGACUCUUCUAAAGACCAGCCACUUACUGCUGACUUGGACUCUACUAAAGAUCAGCCACAUACUGGUGACUUGGACUCUACUAAAGACCAGCCACACACUGCUGACUUGGACUCUGUGAUGCCACAUAUUGGUGACUUAGACUCUACUAAAGACCAGCAACAUAUUGGUGAUUUGGACUCUACUAAAAACCAGCCACAUAUUGGUGACUUGGACAUGCCACAUACUGGUGACUUAGACUCUAUGAUGCCACAUAUUGGUGACUUGGACUCUAUGAUGCCACAUAUUGGUGACUUUGACUCUAUGAUGGGUCAGCCACAUAUUGGUGAUUUGGACUCUUUGAUGAACCAGCCAUAUUUUGGUGACUUAGACUCUAUGAUGAGGCAGCCACUUAGUGGUGACUUGGAUUCUAUGAUGAACCAGCCACAUAUUGGUUACUUAAACUCAAUGAUGGGCCAGCCACAAAUUAGUGAUUUAGACUCUAUGAUGGGCAAGCCACAUAUUGGUUAG